GAGAGAGAGAGCCACAGCCAUCGAUGUUGACCGGGUUCGGCUUGUUAUACUUAUUCCAAAUCAAAGGCUAAUCUCACACGACUCAUUGGUUCGGUAUGUGAAUUGAAAGUUCGUCUUUUAUCUUCCCUAUUCUCCCUCCUAAAAAACUCACAACUUUGAAGCUCUCUUCAGGCCUGGAAUUUGCAGAGGGAAGGCCAUGGAGAGGCUUAUCUAUUCUUCUCCUCUACCUUCUAAAACCCUUCUUAAAUCUUUUCCUUCUCUCCCUCAAGCUGUUCCAUUUGAUGCUAGAAGGUUAAAAUUUGUGUCUUUUCCUCGUGCCGAACUCAGACGGGUGGGUUCAUUUUUCUACAAACACGCGGAAGACCCACAAUCUUCUUCUUGUUCCUCAUCGAAAUUAUUUGUUCAGUGUUCGAAAAAGGCUCUGGAUUUGCCCGUCCCUGCUCAGAAUGCACCCAAGAUCCCUUUUCUCGAUCAGAUCGCAGGUGGAGAUUCAAAGCAGCGGAAAACCAUCCCUGCUGGAGCAUUUAUACUGUUGUCUGCUCUAAUAGUGUUCAUAAUCCAUCCAGUACUUGCUCCUCUGGCCUAUGCCACUGUGCAAACUGCUGCUAAAACUGGGGGCUCUGCUGCUGCUGCUGCUGCAGUAGGGGGAAGACUUGUUCGGACUGAACUGCUAACUAGUGCUUGGACUGGUUUCUUUGCUGGGUGCCUACACACAUUAUCAGGGCCUGAUCACCUUGCUGCUUUGGCUCCACUCUCCAUUGGGCGUACACAGUUGGAGAGUGCUGCUAUGGGAGCUUUAUGGGGUUGUGGUCAUGAUGCAGGCCAGGUCAUUUUUGGCUUGCUUUUUUUACUACUGAAGGACCGUCUCCACAUUGAAGUUUUCCGCACGUGGGGUACGAUAGUAGUUGGCAUAACUCUACUGAUCAUUGGUGCCAUGGGAAUCAGGGAAGCAUCAGAAGUCCCUAUCCCUUGUGUCGCUCUAGAGAAUGGGGAGAGUGAUGUUAGUGUCCUUGAAUCUAUUGAAACGCCAACGACUGGGAAAAAGAAGAUUGGGUUUGCAACUUUUGCCACAGGUAUUGUCCACGGGCUGCAACCAGAUGCACUGUUGAUGGUGUUGCCUGCAUUGGCACUGCCCUCACGUGUGGCUGGUGCUGCCUUUCUAGGUAUGUUCUUGCUUGGAACUGUGUUAGCCAUGGGUAGUUAUACCAUGUUUUUAUGUUCUUGUAGUCAGGCCCUGAAACAAAGGGUCCCUAGAAUAACUGAAAAACUAACAUGGGCUUCUUCCCUUGUAGCAAUUGCUCUUGGAUUUUCCAUUCUCAUUAGCCAGUUCCUUGGUUUUAGUCUGUAUUAAUUUUGGUCUUGUUUAAGUUGUCCAAUUUUUAAGCAUCCUUGUAGUUUAGCGUGGAAAGAGGGUAUUUAAAAGGAGUAAUGGAUAAGUUUGCAUUAAAAAUCUUCCUGUAUCACAAAUGGCUCAUGAAGAAGAAGGAAUGUUGUAGGUUUUAUAUAAACCCUUUUAGCUUUUGGAGACUUAAACCUUGAAUACCUUAUAUAAGGCAAAGUUUCAGAUUAGUUUGCUGAUUCCUUGUAUUCAUUUAUUUAUGCUUAAAUAUUCAUGGAAGCUUGGUUCUAUAAGAUAUUUA